UGUGCGGAGAAGUUACGCCGAACGUUAUUGUUGCUAGUGGGAUUCCGUAAAAACCUUCGCAGUAAGAUCAAGUCUGAGUCACCCACGUCCUCUUGAGGAGCAGCCAGCGAAGACGCCUCCGCUGUGGUGGUGCGCCUCGGGCGCUAGUGACUACAUUGGUUUGAUACCGGCACUCAUACUUGAAAUUAAUUGUGUAGCGUAGUGCGAACAUUUCUACGUCGACGGCCGUGCAAUGUUCAUAAAACCGUUCAAAAUCAAGUCCAACGUUCGAUUGAGGAACACCGACCGCAAGCGCCUUCGUUCCCAACUGGAGUCCCAGUACCCUCACCUGAGCGCGAGUCAGCUGGAUGAGCUGUGCCCCGUCGGACGAGGUGGGGAGCUGUUCCAGCUGCGUCUGUUGUGCCACGGAGGCGAGUCCGUGGUGGCCUACAGCCUGGACUCGGAGCCCCUGUUCUUCGAGCAUGACGGGGGCCGCCUGGUGCCCAGCCUGUACACUCUGUGGCGCCAGCCGUCCCUGCUGCCUUAUGUCUGCACGUGGAAGCCCGUGAUUGAGCGGCUAGCAGGUGGUGCAGACUUCAUGGCACCGGGGCUGGCCGGCUACAGCGAGCGCCUUUCCGAGGCUCGUUUGGGUGACGCGGUGGCGGUCCGAGUGGCCGGAGCGGGCAGGGCCGCCGUGGCCGUGGGGCACCUCCUGCAGAGCCCCAAGGCCCUGGCGGCCGAGCAGCGGGCUGGCAAGGCCAUCGCCAUCGCGCACGUCCUGGGGGACCAGCUGUGGGCGCACGGUGGCAAGAGGCCGCUGCCCCAGAUCGACGGUGACAGUUGUGGCGAAGAAGAGGACGAGGAGAACCAGCAGCCAGAGUCCCAAGAAACGGACAGCCAAGCCGCAGUACCUGAAGAGAACUCUUCCGCGGUCGACGAAGAGCAGUGUCCGCCUGCGGAGAAGCCAGCAACGGCGGAAGCGCAGCCGGAGCCUUCGGUGGAUUCCAAGGAAGAACAGCAGGUUGAAGAGACGACGGACAGCAUGGAUGCCCUACUGGAGGGCUGUGUGUUGUCGGCGUUGAGAUCCAAGCUGCCCCUGCCAUUGCUCGCCAGCAGUCUGUACAGUGGCCAUGUCCUUCCGCGCUGUCCUCCGGGUCGGCAGCUCGACAUUCGGCGCACCUCGUACAAGAAGCUGUCCACCUACCUGGCACAUUUGCAGUCGGAAGGUCUACUGGCGCUGAAGGAGACCAGUCCGGGUGUGCAGAGCAUCGUGUCAGUCCGCAGGGAACACCCGCGGCUGCGCGGCUUCUCUCAGAUGGCACUGCCACCAUCAGAGCCGCCCAAGGAAGGCGGCUACCGCUUCCCGACCAUCCGGGAGCUGCGCUCCAUCACGGCCGCCGUGCUACCCCUUUUUCCAGGCCGCAGCAAAGGACACACACUUGGAUUGGAUGAAGUGAAGGCCGUCAUCCGGAGCUACGUCAAGGAAAACGAACUUCAAGAUCCGGAUGACAAAAGUUCGGUGAAGAUGGACCCCCGUCUGAGUGAUGCGGCAGCAUGCUUGUCGGAGAAGCUCAGCUGGGAGGAGCUCUUCAGUAGGGUGAUGUCGCGGAUGCAGCCCGCACACGAGGUGACGCCUGCGGAUGGCGGGCGACCCACUGUACACCGCGGUGCGCUGCCUCCCAUUUCAUUCACGGUGGCCCAACGGACGGGCAACAAGAAGGUGACCCUCGUCGAGGGCCUCGAGUCGUACGGCAUCGACGUUGCAAACCUGGCACACGAGGUUCAAGUGGGCGUGGCGGCCAGCGUGUCAGUGACACCGCUGGCCAAUGGCAAGCAGCAGCUUCUCGUGCAGGGCAAUCAGGUUGCAUUUAUGGAGAGGCUCCUGACCGGUUCAUCGUAUGGUGUCCCGCGCAAAUACAUCAAAGGCCUGGAACACGCAGCGGGAAAGAAGAAGGGAGGUGCGCGGAAGUGAACUCAACUGCCAACUCCACUCGCCGGCAAAGACAUUUGCGCAACCUGACCAGAUUGGUCAGGAGGUGGGCCGCCUCCCAACCAAUUGUGGCUUCCCGUUGUUUGGCCAGGCAUCCGCAUUCUCUGGAUACGAGCCGUGUGUGCUCACCCAAAUGAAAAAGCAAGGGGAACGAGUGUUCGAAUAUUUACUGCCUGUAGCGUCUCACUCAAAAUGGCGCGACCUAGAAUCGUACCGCAACGUGAUUGCUCGUUCUGUAAUCGUCAAGACCAGUAGAUGCAUCUGACGUCUCCACAAAUAACGUGCGUCUGAUGAAAACUGUUCGAGUGGUCGCUUCUUUUCUGGAGCUGUGGACGCAGGAGCCUUACUCUCAAUCGAUAAGUCAUAAAAAAAAAAGAUACCAUUUUCAUUGUGUGCUGAUAG